AUGAAACAGUUUCAAACAAUUUGCUUCAACACUAAAGUUAUUCCUGACCCAACUGCACCACCUAUUACUGCACCUCCACCUGUGACAACUGCAGUUCCGGUGGUGACUAUAGGGACUAUAGCAACGGUGCCAGCUGAUUGUGUGGAUCUUGUAAAUCCUUCAACGGAUUGUGUGGAUCUUGUAAAUCCUUCAACGGGUGUAUCGGACUGCCCUUCAAGAGCUUACCUUUGCACAAAUUCUUUUUAUUACGACUUGAUGACUACCCAGUGCCCUCGUACAUGUGGUAGAUGUACCACAAACUCAACCACUUGUGUCGACAAGAUAAAUGCAAAAACAGGAACAUCUGACUGCUCGUCCAUGCGAUCAUACUGUAAUGAUUCAACUUAUUACGCUCUUAUGACAGAGCAGUGCCCAAACACAUGUGGACGAUGCUCUUCUACUUCAUCUUCCACUACUGCCACAACAAGUAAGUCUGCAGUUAUCAAAAGAUUUGAAGUUUUGGAGAAAUUGGGCCUAGCUUGCGUAGCAUGCGUGGACAAAAUUAAUGCGAGCACUGGAAAAUCGGAUUGUGCAAAUAUGGCGUCCUAUUGUAACAACCCUCAAUACUACACUCUAAUGACUGAACAAUGUCCCAGAACUUGCAACAGAUGUAGCAUCACCUCGUCUUCUACGGCUAGUACAUGUACGUAA